CCUGUCAUUUGGCUCACAUGCACACCGUGCAUCGCUUGCCAUCCCUCUGCAUUCAUCCGACUCCACUCUGACCAGUCAUAAGUAUGAUCUGGCUUUGCAUCACAUCGUUGUUGUCAAUUACUCCAGUCAUCUCUGAUCAAACAAUUGACACAAGCCACAUCAGAGCUUUCCCAGCAGCAAACCAAACUGUUGCUGGAGUGUUCCAGGUCAGCGGUUUAAAUUACCGCAACCAGCCUGAGUAUGCCUUCAAUGCCUCUGACGCUCGGGGGCUCUGCUCGGCCCUCGGGGUCAAUAUUGCUUCGAAAGCACAAGUACAGGAAGCUCUCAGUAGAGGCUUCGAGACGUGCAGGUUUGGGUGGAUUGAUGAACACUUUGCAGUCGUUCCCCGCAUCAAGGCCGUUUCCUAUUGUGGCAAAAACCAGACGGGCUUGGUGCCAUGGCGAGCGCCUGUUACACAAAAGUUUGACGUGUUUUGCUUCAAUGAAUCAGAUGCUGCAACACAAUUGAAGGAUGCAACCACUGAUAACCCUUCUAAGGGCGCAAGCUCCACCCGGACCAUGCACUCUACAUCUUCCUCCACCCUUUCUCUUCCCUCUUCCUCCUCAACUCCUCAAACCAUAGACAGAGCGGCAGAACCGGUCCGGUUUGUCGGCACUGCACAAAGCUCUGCUGGAGUAAAGGCUAUAGCCAUCACCUCAACUUGUGCCCUUCUCCUUUCUGCAAUAAUCAUCUUUGCAUACAUAAAAUUGAGAAGGAGUCGCACUCUGAGCUCUGACAAGAAGCAGCAGCCAGAGUACAUCCAGACAGAAGAGUGGACAUGUGUGAAGGAUAUAAAGGAAACCAAGGAUACUGCGGAGGAAGAUGAGAGGAUAGAAGUGGAAGACGAUGCAUCCGAGGAAGAUGAGAGGAUAGAAGUGGAUGACGAUGCAUCUGAUGAAGAUGAGAGGAUAGAAGUGGAAGACGAUGCAUCUGAGGAAGAUGAGAGGAUAGAGGUGGAUGACAAUGCAAGUUAAACAUCUUUCUGAUGAGAUUUUUUAAGAAGCACUCCAUGGACAACUACUGAGUAAUAUUCAUUUUAAGAACAAAGAUGUGUUCCUUGUUUUGUGUGAAAGUGAUGGAACAGACUGUCCGUAAAGGGCAUUUAUUUUUGUAUAUGUAAUAAAUGUGUGUGUGUUAGUAUUUUCAGGUGCAGUUUAGCCACUAGAUGGCAAUGUUUGUUAUACAAUCAAUGUGAAGACUGAAGUCCUUUUAUUUUGUUUGCUGCUUCAGAUAAUGAACAUACAUGUAAAUGCAACAUUUCUACAACAUUUUUAAAAAGGCAUUUUUCAUUAUGAACUUAGGUAUCUCCCAUAACUUAGAUAUAUUGAUAUCUUUCCAAACCUCUUUAAAACAAGCUAUUUAAGAGAGAGACAGAGGAAAUGUACCAGACAUCAUCUGUUAUCAGAGUCGUCUCGACUGACGUUAUGUAACGCGCUCUCUCAGCCAUUAGUGUUCUUGUGUCUGAUGUACAGUGUAUACAGUAACUUAAAAACAUCACGUUAAAAAAACAGUAUCUAUGACAUACCCCCAUUCACAAAAUGGAGUGUAAGGUACAGUUGUUUAUACAUUGUGGGUUUGUGUAAUGACAAGCGUGUGAAUGUGCUUCACACGUCUGGCCCUCGACAGCUUUGUCUAAACUUUUUAAGAACAAAGUGCCAUCAGUCAUCCUAAGCAUGUGUCUUCACUUUACCAAACUCCUUAUCAACUUGUGACUUGCUUUUUAGUUGACAGGAUAUUGUAUUUUUAAUUAAAUCAUCACAGUCACUCACUGGCACUUUUCAAAAUAAAGGUAAAUGGUGAUUACUGA